GACCCAACUCGAAUUCUUUUUUAUCGAUAGCGCAUGUUAACCUUCUCCGACUGCCAUGUGCCUACGUUCCUAAGUAUCGUAAAUAACAAAACGUAGUUUGAAAUAUCAACAUUCGCUAUAUUAAUUUAUUUUCACGAAAUAAUACUGUAAAUGUAAAUAAAUAGAAUGAUGCAUAUUAAAAUGUGUUACGAAUGCGCCAUAACCUUAACGCCUCUCCGAAUAUGCACACAAAGGGUAAGUUCGAAAUAAACGUUUUAUUCGAGUAACAUUUUUACGCGAUCGAACGAACAAGCUUCGAAAAGAGAAAAUGGCAAACGAAACGGAAGACACGAUUACUCACAAGACUCACAGAGAACGUAACGCUGGUCGCAAAGCGGAAAAGAAAAAAAAUAAGAAACAACAUGUUCAAGAAUUAACGGACAAGCAGAAGAAUCCUAAAGCGUUCACGUUUCACUCUGCUGUAAAGGCUGAGAGACAAUUCAGACGUAAACAAGACAUAGAAACUAAGAAACAACAUAUACCGCUUGUAGACAGAACUCCACUCGAACCGCCACCUGUUUUGGUUGCUGUUGUGGGACCCCCGAAGGUGGGAAAAUCUUUGGUGAUACAAUGUCUCAUCAAAAGUUAUGUGAAACAGCCAUUGGCCAACAUAGUCGGUCCGGUUACCAUUGUCUCUAGCAAAAAGAGGAGGGUUACAUUUAUGGAAUGUAACAAUGAUAUAAACAGUAUGAUAGAUAUAGCGAAAGUAGCAGACUUAGUAUUGCUGCUAAUAGAUGCAUCUUUUGGGUUCGAGAUGGAGAUCUUCGAGUUCUUAAACAUAUGUCAAGUUCAUGGUAUGCCCAGGAUCAUGGGUGUUUUGACACAUUUAGAUUUGAUUAAAAAUGCUAAACAACUAAAAAGAAGUAAGAAAACUCUAAAACAACGUUUUUGGACAGAAGUAUACGCCGGAGCAAAAUUAUUUUAUCUCUCAGGAUUACUUCACGGAGAGUACCUACGUACAGAGGUCAAAAACUUGGGCAGAUUUAUAUCCGUGAUGAAGUUUAGACCUUUGACUUGGCGUAGCAUGCAUCCUUACAUUCUUGCAGACAGAGUGGAGGAUUUAACGUCUCCAGAAUUAAUCAGACAAAAUCCGAAAAUCGAUAGAACGAUAAGUUUAUAUGGGUAUGUAAGAGGUAUUCCCCUGAACAAAGAAACAUCUGUACAUAUUCCUGGAUGCGGAGACGUGAAAAUCAAAGAUGUCAGCUUCUUGCCAGAUCCCUGCCCCUUACCAGAAGCAUUAAAGAAGCGUGCCUUAGUAGAGAAAGAGCGACUAAUCUAUGCGCCAUUCUCUGGUGUCGGUGGAAUAGUUUACGACAAGGAUGCCGUGUACGUCGAAUUAGGAGGCAGUCACUCUCACAAAGAAGACGACACGGGUUUGGUCGGAGCUCUGAUGGACACUCGAGAAACGCUCGAUCAGAAAUUGCAACACAGCGAAUUACAAUUGUUUAGCAACACUGCUCCAAUAAAGUCGCAGGAUGUGAAUGAAAACUUCGGUAAUUACGUGGGAGAAACCGUGAUCGAGGAUGGCAGAGUCAGGAGAAAAGUCGUCUUCCCCGAUUCCGAAGAAUCGUUAAAAAUGUUCGACGAUGGAUCGGAUCAUGAAAAUGACGAAGAAUCGGAAGAUGAAGACGAUACCGAGGAAAUCGAGAAAAAAGAAAUAAAAGCUGAACGUACGAUGGAAGACGAUGACUCCGAGGACGAGAAAUUAAAAGAAGAAAGCGAGGACGAAAUCCAAGAAACCCACGAAGGAAAGGGCGUGAAGCGAAAAACUAAAAGUAAACAAUUAGAAAACGCGAAACGUAAAAAGGGAAGCAGUUCGUCGAAUGAUUCAGAGUCCGAGGAUAGCGAUGCUGAUAUGGCAGAAGAGAAGUCUUUUGAUUCCUCGAAGCGCAGUGACUCGGGAAUAUCGAAUACAGAAGUUUAUCAUUCCAUAAGCAAGGAAUCUGAUAUUUUGAUCAAGAAUAAGAUCACGGAAGCGCUUAGUUUAUUAAACUCCGGUUCAAGCAGAAACAAAAGGUCGAACAGUGAGAGCGAGAGCUUCGACGAACUCAGCGACGAAGAUUCACGAGCUAAAUUAGAAAUGGACGACGCGGAAGCUCACUCGUCGCGUGAUUCUUUCGAGGAAGACGAUGAGAAUGAAGGAGACGAGAGCGAGGAUGCCGAGGAUGUCGCGGACGAAUUGAAAUGGAAGUCGAACUUAGCUGACAGAGCUAGGGACGCUUUCGAAGAUCGUCAACGAAGCAAUAAGAACCUAAUGAAGCUCGUGUACGGGGUAUUCGACAAAAGCAAUCUCGUUCAAGACAAGGAAGAUGAGAAACCACAGGAAGAUAACGAUAUAGGCGGCAUUUUCCGCGUGGUUCAAGAGAAAGAGAAACAAAAAAUUCAAGAACGUGAACUGCAGAAUCAAGAAGAAUCUGUGUUCUUCGUAGGAGAGCCACGCGAUUGGCUGGAAGAAGUGAACAAGGUACUAGUAACGAAUCGCUUCGUAACGGGAAAAUGGAAGGAGUCGGAAGACGCGGAGGAGCUUCUAAAGUUGGACGACAUGGACGACGAGGAUUUGUAUGGAGACUUCGAAGACCUGGAAACUGGAGAAAAACACAAAGCAGAAGCACCGAAAGAAUCGACGACCGACGAAAUGGAGGAAAGGAAGAAGCUCGUAGAAAAGAAGAUGAAAUUGAAGGAACAAUUCGAUAAAGAGUACGACAAUGGCGAGAACAAGACGUAUUACGACGAGUUGAAGCAGGAGGUCGAGAGACAGGCGAAUCUGAAUAAAUCGGAAUUCGAUGGUGUUGAUGACGACGUGAGGGUUCAACUCGAAGGGUAUCGUCCUGGCAUGUAUGUUCGCAUUGAGAUAGAAUCCGUACCCUGCGAACUUAUUACUCAUCUAGAUCCUACGUAUCCUCUGAUCAUCGGUGGACUCUUACAUGGCGAAGAGAAUAUAGGAUACGUACAAACGCGAAUCAAGAAACAUCGAUGGUAUCCGAAGAUCCUGAAGAGUAAGGAUCCGUUGAUACUCAGCGUGGGCUGGAGACGGUUCCAGACGCUCCCAAUUUUUUCUAAGCUGGAGGAUAAUUUGAGGAGCAGAAUGUUAAAGUAUACACCGGAACACGUUGCUUGUAUGUCGCAUUUUUGGGGCCCCAUCACUCCGCAAGGUACCGGAGUUUUGGCUGUUCAGGACGUCGCUACCAGAGUGCCAGGAUUUCGAAUAGCAGCGACAGGUUCCGUCGUCGAGAUGGACAAGAGCACACAGAUUGUCAAAAAGCUGAAACUCACCGGAGUCCCCUUGAAGAUAUACAAGAAGACUGCCUUCAUCAAGGACAUGUUUAACUCGUCUCUCGAAGUAGCGAAAUUCGAGGGUGCCAGGAUAAAGACUGUGUCGGGUAUACGUGGUCAAAUAAAGAAAGCGGUCUCGAAGCCUGAAGGAUGUUUCCGCGCCACGUUCGAAGACAAGAUACUUCUGAGCGACAUCGUGUUCUGUCGAACCUGGUACAAAGUCGACGUCACGAAGUUCUACAAUCCCGUAACGUCGCUCCUGUUGCCGCCAGAAGAAAAGAACCGUUGGCAAGGAAUGAAGACAACUGGUCAGCUAAAAAGGGAAAAGAACAUCCGUAUGCCAGCUAAUACGGAUUCGAUGUACACACCUAUCGAGAGGGAGCCGAAAGUGUUCGGCCGUCUGUCCAUUCCUCGAAGCUUGCAGAAAGAACUGCCGUACCGGGAUAAGCCGAAAUUAAUGCCAACCGCUGGCAAACGCGUGCCCAGAUUCAGGGAGGGCAGAGUGGCGGUGAUACGCGAGCCAAAGGAACAGAAAGUAGCGAAGCUCAUGCAAAUGAUCAAAACCAAUUACGUUCACAAGCAACGGCAAUUAAAAGAAGCUACCAAGCAGAGGAUGGAGGCGUAUCGAGCUCAGAUCACCGCCGAAGAGAAUCGAAAGCUCAAGAGGCAGAAGGAAAUGAAGAAACACGUGUUCAGGGAACUUAGUAAGCUGGAAAAAAAGAAAAAUAAGCGGUAAUAUAU